AUGAACCCAAUGCACCAGUCAUAUGUUACAAUUUUAGAAAAGUGUUUCAAUAAGAAGCCGAUUUAUAUUUAUGUAAAUCCUCAUGAAGAAGGAUGCACCGCAUGGACAUGUACUGUAAAAAUAGGUGGCAUUAUAGCUAAUGGCAUUGAUUCUACAAAAAAGAAAGCCAAACAAAAGGCAGCUCAAGAAGCCCUUGUAUUGCUGGCAAACGAUAAAGCUAAAUUUCUCGAUUACUGUUCUCGCCUAAAUGAACUCGCCCAGAGUAACAGGUUAGCUUCUCCAAUAUUUACCGAUAAGCGAGAAAAGGAUGGUACAUUUACCAGUGAAUGUCGGUAUGCGGGUAAGAAAAGUAUUGGAAAAGGACCAGAUAGAAAAAUAGCAAGAAAUGAAGCUGCAAAAUUGGCUUGCGAAAUGAUAAAUCCCAAACCUUCUCCUACCAUCAAACAAGUAUUAGAUAAAUACAAUGAAAUAAUUAAAGCAAGAGAAAAAGAAAAACCAAAAAUAGAGGAGUCAAAAAUAGAGACGACACAUCCAGAACUCAAUUUUCGCAAAUUCCAGGUUGAUGUGAAUGAAACAGAUUUUUUUGAAAAAUUAAAAAGCGUCGGACAUAAUUAUGAUCCAAUAGUGCUCCAAACUGAUCCGUAUAUAUUGGCAUUGCAUUUAGGUGAGAGAGCUACAGUGCUAGGCGUCGGCAAAACCAAAGAAGAAGCAGAAGAGGACUUAAUCGCAGAAGCAGAUCUUAUAUUUUUUAGUACGGAUAUGUGAUUAUUACUGAGUAAUUUUUUACAUGUGAUCUGCAUUGUGAUCCGUUCUAUAAAGGUUUAUUUAUAUGUAUAUUGCAUCCUUAGGCAUGAGAGAGUAAUAAAAAUAAAAUACAUACAUCAAAAAUGUUCAAUGA